AUGCGUUUGCUUGAGCGUAACCUUUUUGGAAAGUCUUGUCUCGCCGGUGUUGAAUACCUGGCAUGCUACUGCCCCACAGAAGAAAAAAAGACGUUGCGGCGCAGUGAAUUGUCGCACUGUGCCGAGUCGUCUUCGAACCGGCCGCGGCUGCUGGCGCUGUGCGUGGCCGUCGCCUGCGGCACCUGCUUCCUGGCGGCGCAACUGCUCGUGCCGCCGCCGCCCGCGACGAGUUGGGCCGAGCGGCAGGUGUACGCCGCGGCAGCGGCGCCGCCGCCCGCCCCAGCAGCAGCAGCGGCGGCGGCCGAUUCAGACUUACGGCGGCGCCUGCCGCAGUGCGUCAUCAUCGGCGCUCGCAAGUGCGGCACGCGGGCCCUCCUCGAGUUCCUGGCGCUGCACCCGUCCGUGCAGAAGGCGCCCGACGAGGUGCACUUCUUCGACGACGACGAACGGUACGCCCUAGGCCUGGACUGGUACCGGCGCCGGAUGCCGGCGUCGCGCGCCGACCAGCUCACCGUGGAGAAGUCGCCCGCGUACUUCGUCACCGAGGCGGCGCCCGGUCGCGUCUGGGCCAUGAACGCCUCGCUGCUGCUGCUGCUCAUAGUGCGGGACCCCGUGGUGCGCCUGGUGUCCGACUACGCCCAGCUGGCCGCCAACCGGCGCCAGCUGCAGCGCGAGGACGCGCCGCCCUUCGAGCGGCUCAUCCUGCUCCCCGACGGCGCCGUGAACGCCGAGUACCGGCCCGUGCGCACCAGCAUGUACGCGGUGCACGUGCGCCGGUGGCUGUCGCACUUCCCGCGGCGCCAGCUGCACGUGGUCGACGGCGACCGGCUGGUGCGCGACCCGCUGCGCGAGCUGCGCCGCGUCGAGGCCUUCCUGGCGCUGCCGGCGCUCAUCCCGAGCGGCGCGCUGUACUUCAACCGCACCAAGGGCUUCUACUGCCUGCGGCCGCGGCCCAACGACACGCGCUGCCUCAACGACAGCAAGGGCCGCCGGCACCCGCACGUGCCGGGGCCCGUGGUGAGUCGGCUGCGCCAGUUCUUCGCGCCCUUCAACCGGGAGUUCUACCACCUCAUGGGCAGGGACUUUGGCUGGCCCGAACAGUGACCGCCGGGAGGGUGCUUGUUCCUUUGCGUGCAAAGAUGCUUUCUUUAUGGCGACUGAAGCAGUCCUCACACCGACUUGUCGUAUACGCGCAUGUCUGAUUUAGCAUCACGUUUGGCGCCCGUUAUUACAAGGCAGAGAGGGGAGGCCGCUACUUGCCAGGACUGUAGUUAAUGGCAAGCCCUCCUAAAGACAGCUUGGCAUUUUGCCCAAGAGUUCGGGAGUGAGAGGCAGUUCAUUGUCAGUCUAUACAUUUACAGAGUUCGCUCACGUCUCUUAGAACAGUCGUUGCGGUUUAUGUAUGAAAUAGAAAGAAAGCGCCUCCUCCUCCACACCACUGAGCAAGUAAAUCAGUGAGGCUUCGAGUGCAUUCAGAAGAGCGAGCGAUCGAAUAAUUCUGCACUAAUCACUGCUGGGAGGAGAGAAGCACUGUUAUGGACACCUUAUACUGCAGCAGUCGGCUCGUUUCGGCGAGGGCUACGCAUGCAGCAUACCUGGGUGGUUUCUCGGUGGCACUGAUUAGAGCAUGCUCACGAGGGGUCGCUGACACAACGUUAAUUAACGCGUUACCCUUGGCAGAGAACUCGGUUCCAAUCCGCUGUUAGAGGAUGCAGUGUUCCUAAUCAACGCGACCGCUGUCUCAAUGACCGAAAUCUGAAGAUUAUUUCUCCACAUUAUAUCGUAUUGAUCCUGAUGACGGAACGGAACGGGGCUUUUCGUUUGGACAUCGCUGGUUCACGAAAUCGCUGACAAAUUCGGGACAUUUAUUUGCUCUCCUGCUUGGAAAUACUUCGGAGACCGUUUCACACGUCGGUAGUCUUUGCUCUUGAACGCAGUGUCUGGCGACCUGAUGCGUAUGGCAUGUCCGUGAUGGCCAGACUUCUUCUUAGCUCUUGCUUGAUGACCACGAAGUCGUGGACUGAACUGAAAGCCGGGAUAGUUGCUAAACAUUUACAAUUGUGACAAUGCGCCAAAACACGAAGCCAGAAAAGCAAACGACCGCCUUUUUUUUUUCUGCUUCGUAUUUCAGUGCGUUGGUCGUAACUGUAAACUGCGGCCAUGAAAUAAAAAAAUUAAGAUAGAGAUGAGACUAGAACAAUAAUAUGGAGCGGUACGUUUUAGUUAUUCCUUUGAGACCAGGGUAUCGGCGCGGGCUCACCGAGUAGCAGCAUGUACGUUUCUUUCGUUCGUUUGAGUGUCACAUUAGCAGUGGCGUAGCCAGGUACACCGGGUGCAUGCCCCCCCCCCCCCCCCCCCCCAGUCGGAAUUUCUGUGUUAGUACGUGGUCUUCCCAGUUUCCCUAUCCCUUCACUCCCCAUCGCGCUGAGUCGUGCUCCUUAAAAGCCUGCAGAAAGCAGCGCUUCUUCCUCUUCACAAUCACACUUUCUGCCCCUCCUCCCGAAAAAAAAAAAAAAACUUCCAGCUACGCCACUGCACCUUAGGCAACCUAUGGAUUUCGCUUCGAUCCAGCCUUGUGCCGGAGUUCAUAGAAUGGUGUCCUGCAGUGUCGAAGGUGGACCGGCGUUUGUUCGACGUUCUGAAAGUGGCCGCGGUAAGAUGUUUCAAGACAAGCACAUUUCUCCUACUGCGGAUGACAAUCAGUGUCACCUGCAGUCUUUUUCUCAGACAAGUCUCCAUUGAACUUUGGUUCGGUUCCGGCGAGCCGCUGUCAUGCAUAUUGAGGACAAAUGACAAUCAACUAAAGAUAGAGACAAAAGGGGAGGAAAGACGGGGAGGCUAGUCAUGCAGUGUAAGUGCAGGCUGGCUACCCUGUGCUGGGCAAAGGGAAUAAACGGUGAAACAAUCAACUCAAGGUCGCUAAAGAGUGUGUAGCAUGCCAGAGUACUGUGCCAGUAUGUGCAAUGACUCUUCAGCAACUGGAGUCGCGAAACGUCUCACUUCGAACUCUCGCUUCGAAAUCUUUGUUGAAGUUCAUAUUCAGUUUGGAAACUCCACGUAGACCGAUUUAUUAGUCAGCAUGCUGAACGGCCCAAAACUGUGAAGCCAUGCGUAUUUGUUAACAUAUAUAAGCUGGUAAUCCAUUGGUAAUUUUGGUGUCAGAUUAUUGGUCCAUUCCAGCUCACAAGUACAUGACUUAUCUAUCCCGAAACUUUGAUGGCGGGAGUUGGCAGAGUUUGAAAUCCGUUACAGAAGUACUCUGUUUCGGAAUAGUUGUGGUUCAUACUGAACAAGUGUAACGCACUACGUAAUGUACAAGGGCGUAAAGAAAGACUACGCUAUCUCCUGUUUUUUCUUGCUGCCCUUCUUGUAUAGUGUAUUCGCGCAGUGUGUUACUUGUCGAGUUUGAAAUCAUCGCGGAUGAACGGUUGUGUGCGGGAAUAGACUAACUUCAUGUUCGAUAGUUUUUCAUAGUUCGGUAGCUUUUGCCGAAGUAGCGAAUACACAUUCGACUAGGUCCGAACGUUCUAAGGUUAUAGUGUCUAGUCUAUAUUAUUGACCUUUAUUUUCGUUUUGAAGCACGAAAUUCGUUGGCUAUUAGCGGAGACGCAGCCAUCAAGCGUCGCUUCCAUCGCAUCGGGAGCAAACCGUACCCAUGAAAAAUUAUCGGGUUGUACGCGCCAAAACCAAAACGCCGUAAUGCGAGCACUGUGGAUUAACUCCGACCACCUCACUGUAACGUGCACCCAUUGGGCGGUGCCCGUAUAUACACGGCCGCCGUUGCAUUUCGCCUCAUCGAAAUGAGGCCGCAGUGGCGUAGCUAGGUCUGCUGGCACCCGGGGCCCAUAGGUCUUCU